CUAGUCCAGUUAAUUAAGCCUGUUUAAUUAUCCUAUUGUCUUUUAAAUUAAAUUCAAUCUCGUUUCUUUAUGAGUGUCAGCGAAUUAAACGUGUAUCUUAAACGUCAUCAAAUCAGCCAAUGAGAGUGCGAAAAUGUCCGUCAGUCGUGGAUGACGUUUAGGGAUGCACGUUUUCUAAAAUUUGUUUGUGUUCUUCUUAAUAAUAUGCAACUAUAUAGUACUACACCAAUAAAGCUUUACUAGUUAAACUGAGUGCAAAAUGUCACAAUAUGAUGAGUUACAACCUUCAGUACAAAAUAUCAUCGAACAGAAGACACUGAAGUGGAUAUUUGUUGGUGGUAAAGGCGGCGUGGGUAAAACAACAUGCAGUUCAAGUUUGGCAGUCCAGUUAGCAAAAGUCCGCGACUCAGUGCUGAUAAUCUCAACAGAUCCAGCACACAACAUAUCCGAUGCGUUCGAUCAAAAGUUCUCAAAAGUACCGACGAAAGUCCAGGGUUUUUCCAAUUUAUACGCGAUGGAAAUCGACCCGAACGUCGGCAUGAACGAGCUGCCCGAAGAAUACUUUGAAGGCGACCAGGACGCGAUGAAAAUGAGCAAGAAUGUGAUCCAGGAAAUCGUUGGUGCUUUCCCUGGCAUUGACGAGGCGAUGAGCUACGCCGAGGUGAUGAAACUUGUAAAAAGCAUGAACUUCUCCGUCGUAGUAUUCGAUACAGCGCCCACAGGACACACACUCAGGCUGUUAUCAUUCCCGCAGAUCGUCGAGAAGGGUCUUGGCAAAUUACUCAAGUUAAAGUUGAAAUUCAGUCCGCUGAUAUCACAAUUUAGCAAUCUCUUCGGCGCGACCGAAUUCAAUGCGGAAUCAUUAUCGUCCAAACUUGAAGAGAUGCUGACAAUAAUCAAACAGGUGAACGAACAGUUUCGGAAUCCGGACCAGACGACGUUCGUCUGCGUCUGCAUUGCUGAGUUUCUGUCGUUAUAUGAAACCGAACGAUUAGUACAAGAGUUGACGAAGUAUAAAAUUGACACGCACAACAUAAUCGUCAAUCAACUGCUGAUACGGGACGGCGUCAAGGAAUCCGGAUGCACAAUGUGCGACGCACGGUAUAAGAUACAGAGUAAAUAUCUGGAGCAGAUUGAUGAUUUGUAUGAGGACUUCCACGUUACUAAGCUUCCCUUAUUGGAGCGCGAGGUGCGCGGCCCUGAAAGCGUCAAGUCUUUUUCGGAGUACCUGAUUCACCCGUAUAAACCUGCGGAGAAUUGAUUUUGUAACUUGUAGGUAAUUCUAAUUCAAAUUACUUGUAAUUAUUACGUGGGAUUUUGUUUUAACUUGUAAAAAGUUCAGUCAAUUAUAAGUCUUGCCUGCUGUGGGCCUAAACAUUGUUUUCUUAGUUGAGGAUGUGAAAUAAAACUAAUUACUUAAAACUAGUUACGAAUAUCGCUUCAUAGCACAUAAACAUUGUUAAUCAUUGUGUGGAAGUCUAUUUCACAACCAGGAAAUAUUUGCACUUGUAAAAUACUAAAAAAUGAAGUGUUCACUGGGUAGAAAUAUCUACCAAUGAAUAAAUUUGAUUAAUUUUAUGGUUUGGGUAGUCCGAUAGCUAAAAUUGAGGUUAGAAACACAUCAUGAUACUAAAAUAAACAAAUGUCUCCAUUCAA